AAAUGCGGACUUCCUGAACGAGUCGUUGCUGCGAUGGAGGAGGAGGAGAGAGACGAGGAAGGGAGAGGCGAGGGGGGGAGUGACGAGGGGGGGGGGCGGAGAGGAGAGGCUGAGAGGGACGAGUGGGAGAGGGAACAGGAGGAGCUGCGUGUCUCCCUGCUGGAGACGGACACGGAGCGAUGGGCGCAGGGAGAAGACCUCGCCGCGUGCGGGCUGCGUCUCCUUGCCGGCUGCGACGUCUCCUACCUCGCAGCUCACCCAGACGUCGCCUGCGCCACCCUGGUGGUGCUCAGCUUCCCAGAGCUCGAGGUGGUGUACGAAGACUCGCGGCUGGUCGACCUCUCCGCCCCCUACGUGCCGGGGUUCCUCGCGGCGCGCGAGUCGCGCUUCGUCCUCGACGCCGUCCUCCGUCUCCGAGAAACGCGGCCGGAGCUCGAGCCCCAGGUGAUGAUGGUUGAUGGCAAUGGCAUCUUACAUCACAAGGGGUUUGGCCUGGCGUGCCACCUGGGCGUGCUGGCCUCCCUGCCGUGCGUCGGGGUGGCCAAGGACCUGCUGCAGGUGGACGGCCUCCAGAAGGACGACGCUCACCGACACAAGAUCAAGGCUCUGAAUGGAAAAGGAGACACAUUCCCACUCGUCGGGAAUUCUGGAAAGAUUCUGGGAAUGGCUGUACGCCCCUCGUCUCUCUGCUCUAACCCUGUGUACGUGUCGGUGGGACACCGCGUGUCCCUGGAGACGGCGGUGAGGCUGACGCUGGCCUGCUCCAAAUUCCGCGUGCCGGAGCCAAUCCGCCAGGCAGACAUUCGCUCCCGGGAAUUCCUGCGUGAGAGAUUCCCCAUUCCGCAACCCCGGCUUCCACGAGGGUCGAAGGAAGACAAAGAAGAAGAACAGGGGGAGGAGGAGGAGACGACAAAGAAGAAGAGUAGUCGUAGUUAGGAAUUCCUGGGAAAGUCGCCACCGCUCCGUGGCUCUGCAAAAACCUCGACUUCCUCGGAGAUGCGGGAAGUGCUUUAGCGUGCGGGCGAGGGUUGGGGCCUCCGUACCCUCGCUUGCGUGCGUUUACGUGCCUUGCCCCCCCCCCCCCCCCCCCCCCCCCCCGUUGGCCUUCGCCACGCGGCCUGUUUGGUCUCUCACUCAACUUUGCCGUCGCCAGGAUUCGAAGCCCUUGCCACCCUCGGACUCGGGCGGUCGCCCUUCCCCACUGGUGGCGGCGUUGCGUUGUGACGUCAUCGCGCUGUGACGUCACCGCGAGAUUUCGCGACGUCAUCGCCGGUCGAAAGUGAUUGAGCUGAACACUGAGUGGCGGGAUUUGAGGCGAUCGACGUUCGUUGCUGCGAAGGGGCCCCCACUCCCCGGCGAGGCCUUGCAGGACGUGCAGGAUGCCCCCCCACGGCCAUGACAUCAAUGUGCCUCGUGUACUAUUCCGAGAUUCAAGGGGACCCCCUCCCUGCAACUUGCAGACGCCUCGGGAACGGGAGAAGUUCCCAUGAAGUCGGUCGCCUUGUUCAGCACUUCCGAUCGGUGCGAGCAUUUCGGACCGGCGUUGAACUUAUGGAGUCCUCUGGUCUAGCACCAAUUGAGACGAGGCUCAGAGGCUCAAAAGAAAGCUGUCUCUGGUGUGGACCAAUCAGCUUCAAAGACAAUGCCAAUAUUAUUAUCAGAGUGUUUUUUGUUUGCAUUUUGACCACACGUAUUGUGGUUAAUGCAAAACAUGAUUCAUUGUAAAAAGGUUUCAGUUUUGUUGCCAGAAAAAGGGGGAAAACCCCCCUAUUAUGUUAAAUGUUGUGGACACGAAGCAGUCGCUCGCGAACGUUCGUUGACUGCGCAUUAGGCGAGGCCUGUUACUUCUCCAAUCGCCGUUGGUUGAGACCGUGAGCGAUCGGAGUUUAAUUGUCUUAAACACGUUCCUUCGGAGUGGGCAGGUAGGAACUUGGUUGGACAGCGCAUUCGUGCUCGACAGACAGACAAAUAAUCCCUGGUGGGCAGUGUGGAAGCUGUUGUUCCUACUGUAUAAGUGUAGUGUGUCGUGUAUAGUGUAGUGUGUAGGUUAAACGUUGAGUUUUAUAAGGGCACCACGGGGUGACCAGCCCCAACCCACCCAGCCCCUCCCCACCCAGCCCCUCUCCACCCUAUCCUCCCCACCCAGCCCCACUCUCCCCACCCAGCCCCACCCUCCCCACUGUUGUAUCUAUACCCUUUUUAAAAAAUUAAUAUUAAGAAUAAUUCUGCCAACAUAUAUAAUUUUUUAAUAGACCCGGUGGCAACUUGGGAGCAAACAAAGACGAGCGGAAAACCCGUUUCCCAACUCCACAGCAGAUGCGUGCACACCUCGCUUCAAAGGCCAGAAAGCAGGAAAGAGACAGCCAUCAAAUGUCAUAAAACCUUCCCGAAUUUCACACAAGAGAAAAAAGGAGGGGGGAAUUGCAAGCGGGUGUUAGGAUAACACCCGCUGUUCAAAAAGCCCCCCUCACGACACAAGGACAGGCCCCACGAAGAAUAUAUAUUUAUUAUAUUCUUAACAAAAAAAAUAGCAUUGACAACAAGAAAGCACAGACGGGUUUUGAACCAUGUUAGUUAAACAAAGUUACCAACUUAGCCAUGAAGAUUAAGCAAACAUUAUCUAUCCUCGCUCCAAUUGGAAACCAGACUACAGUCUGCACCAGGGUCCUGAUUCAUCAUUUGUUAAUUAAAUACGGACAUUAUUUACCCUUAAUAAUUUCUACGCGGCCGGGCCGAAGCAUCAAAGAAUUAUUAUGGCAGUCAGGGUCGCUCCUAAACAAAAAACAAAUUCCCUAGGCUAAAAAAAUAAGUACGAAAUUAAAGUGGAUCUCCUAGGGAGUUAAGGGCGGAGAAGUCUAUCAUAAUUAACCAACAGGCAACACUCCAGGGAAAGCGAGCAGCUCACAGGCGUCUUUGUCUUCCCGAGAUAAACGGCCAGAGCACACACAGAGCCGGGAAAUGGCCCUCAUAAAAGUUCGUGGCGAGCAGGCGACGGCUCGAGAAAGGAAAUCAGAUGCUUCUAUAAACAAAUAAAUAAAACACGCGCAGUGUGCUCCAACGAUGGAGCACAGACGUCUUUGUCUCCCCGCAGCACGGACAGCAAGAUUUGCGCACAUUUCCCCAUAGGGAGAUCAAACCACGAUGAAAUACCGUGAACACGGCUACGGCAUGCCUUGAGUCACUUGCAAUCAAAUCACAAUAAUACUAAGCACCAAAAGUGUCUCAUUUUAACUUCCAGACCAGGCAUACGGCUUGGAGCCGCAUGAGACAAAGGAUAAACGCCAAGAGCGGGGGAGGGGAUUAUAGAGCUCGCUUAACGUGUAGGCUUUCGCGACCAAUAUUAUUCAUAAUCAAAAACGUGGAUUAUGAUUUUGUAACCUCGGUACGAACGCGAAUCGUCGGUCUGGUUUAGUUUGAUGACUCAUGUUACGCCGGUUCGCGAGGAAGCCCCCACCCCUCCUUCCAGAAUUAUUGCGGGCAGCUGUGUCUUUAAAAAAACCUUUCCUCCAAUAAAGCACAUACAGACACACACACGACACACACAGACGGACACACACACGACACACGGACGCAGAUGUGUCCACACACAACAGAAGGAAAAAGUUCCGGCCUUUGAACAACUCGAAAAAAACCAAGUGGAUUUUCCCGAUAUAAGCCGAGGAAAAAUCCAUUCAACUCAGAUCACCAGGGCUCAGGGCCUCCAGAUCACCAGGGCUCAGGGCCCCCAUCUCUCCGGGGCUCCGGCCCCCACCUCUCACCAGGGCUCCGGCCCCCAUCUCAUCUCGACGCCGACAAUGAAGAAGCUCUUCCGUCAUCCAGAAUGACGAUGUUCGCGGGGUAGCGACGUGCAUCGACAAGCUGAGGUCUGCACCACCUAAGAAGAAUCGCCACACUGAGCCGCCAAGCUGCGAGUGAAGCUGACGGAGAUUACGACCGUGCAAAUCUUUCGGUCGUUUUUUAACCCACUUCCCGUGAUCCAAUCGAGCUGACAUUUUGCACACAGACUCGUUGUGCGUGAGAAUUUAUUUUUGUGAAAUUUUUUUUUCUAAAUUUGACACUUUUUAGGAAAAAAUAAUUAUAUUUAAUUACCAAUUGCUUAAUGAUGGCAGGCAAUCAUCUGACCCAUAGGUGGCAGCCAUCUCAAGCCAGAGGACGAGAGGACUCUAGCCGCCACGCAUAUAAAGGAUUUAUAGUGAAAAACUAUGUUUUUACGGGUUCAUUGUUUUCUUUUCAAGGCUUCCAUUUUAUGAAAGGAGCCACCCUCCCCCAGUUCCAUUUUGUGAAUGAAACAUUCCCGUCUCCUCAUUGGCCCGAGUCGCGGCGGUGCCCCCCUCUACCAACCCAAACCCACCGCUCCCAUUGGUCGGCGCCACCAAGCCAAUGGGAGGGCUCUGGUGGGGCGGGGCCAUGCACGACAGACAGACAAAUAAUCUCUGGUGGGCAGUGUGGAACUGUUGUUCUUACCUGUAUAAUCUCUGGUGGUCAGUGUGGAACUGUUGUUCCUACCUGUAUAAUCCCUGGUGGGCAGUGUGGAACUGUUGUUCUUACCUGUAUAAUCUCUGGUGGUCAGUGUGGAACUGUUGUUCCUACCUGUAUAAUCCCUGGUGGGCAGUGUGGAACUGUUGUUCCUACCUGUAAUAAGUUGGGACGUCAGCAAAAGACAAGAAAGCAGAGAGCUGUAGAUGAAGAGAUAACUUUACAUGAAGGAGGGAGCUGCGUGUGAUGGUGGAUAAAUUGAUUUCAAAGCUUACCUGUCUCUGCGUGCUGGUUUGAAGAAUGUCUGCUCCACCCUGCUAAUACUGGACACGAUUAUUAAGCAUGAUAAUGGUGUUGCCAUACUACAGUGACAUUAUAAAGUACCAUUAUCAUGAGGAAAUGAGACUGGACAUGAACGUAUGUUGAAUCGUUUAAGUCCGUUAAACAGCUGCAAUACCUUUCACACGUCCUCAUUACGUGAUUUUGGAUCAUAUCAUUCCAUUUAAAGGUAUUUGAUGUCAGAAAACACAUUCUAUCAGAAUCAGAUGUUUAAGUAAAACACUGAGCUAAGAAGCUAUUUCCUAUUGAGAUGAGACUGGGCAGACAACAUCAAAGGGUUUAAAAUUAGAACAUAUUAGUUAUGAAAGACAGUGUCAUGAGGCACGUAUAGUUUAAACAUAUAUACUUAAUAAGACACUCAUCAACACUGAAUUUCAAGACAGCGAUGGCAGCGAGGCCAAUUUGACCUUGGACGUGGGGGCCAUGUCAAAGAGUUUAAACAAAAAGUCUAAAAUCACUUGAAUCAACAACUCCAUUGACUCUCACGAACCCGUAUCGGGACCAUGAUUGCAUUAACGAGGCGCGUGGCAGUAGCUUGUCUUAUACACGCCACGCCGGAUCACACAAUGGGAGCGCACGCGUGAAACUGCCACCAUGCAAUGAGUGAAUCCUCGCGGUGAUUGGCCUGGAGCGGAAGAUGGGCAGAGACACGCGCGGGUAAUUAUGCCACGUGAUGUAAGCUCUCUCAAUGGACUCUCACCAGACUCGUAUUCGAACCGUGAUUGCAUUCACGAGGCGCCAGCGCGCGUGGCUCGACUUAAUAAUGGCUGCCCACACAAAAUGGCCGCGCGUGCAGGAAGCGCCACCCAUUCAAUUAGCGAAUCCUCGCGCUGAUUGGCUCGUGAUGAUUGCCUUAUCCCUCCCACCCCCAUGAUUGGCCAGGGAUGGGAAGGCACGCCCAAGUGAUUGUACCACGUGAUGCGCGCUCCCUUGUAUAUAAAGGAGGGCAGAACCAUCAUAAACUAUCUGCUCCCCACGGAUUUGGCUGAGAGGUAAGUGCGGACCCUAGUGUAAUAUGAUUUGCUGUGGCCUUGUCCAUCUAUGUUGUAAGCGUUCGCAAAAAGUUCACUAGCGCCUCGUCUCGCUGUAAUUUCUCAAGCAUCCCUUCUCGGUACCAUUUGUAAUUCUCACCCUCCACGCAUAUUAUCGUAAUUAGGAAUCUACUUUGUUCAGAGCGUCGUGUGCCAGUCUACCGGGUAACUAAUUUUUUUACUGACCUGAAAUCUGAGGGAUUGUAUGGCUUGAGCUAAAAAGUCCUGUAACACCAGCUCUGAUUCACAGUUCAUGGGAGUUCUCUGAAUUCCGUUUUGAAUCGUGGUGUUCCCCUUUAUUGUUUUAAAAUGUAAGACGAAUAAAAUGUGACCCUUGCCACAAGCCUAACAAGA